GCACAUCAGAGUUUUCCCACUGGGGCUGGGGAAAGCGUUUCAAUGAAAGCUGCCUGCUUGCAGUCUUAAAGAGACUGCAGGCACUGGAAGCGCUCUGCCUCUGUUUGCUUCUUCCCCCAGAGCAUUGAGACAGACAUACCAGCAGGAAGGAUGGAUAGAUCAUCUGUCACAGCCUAACAAUGUAGGAGAGAUCCAUUAGUUUCUUUUGAAUCACUUUCCUAUAGCAACUGCUGAGGAGGAUCUAUUCCAGUCAUCCAAAGAGGCUAAAAUCAGGCAAAAAUCCUGCCAGAAGAUGAAGGACAACCAUGCUGGCUGAGUAAAGUUGAGGUUUCCUAUUCAGGGACAAUGGUUUUGUCUAUUCCGGUCAUUGCUCUGGGAGCUACCUUGGGGACAGCUACAAGCAUCCUUGCAUUAUGCGGUCUCACCUGCUUGUGCAAAUGCAAGCGAGCUGGGAAAGCAGACCCAGACAAGGAAAAGGGUCUGUGUGCUGAAAAUGCCAAGCCCAGCGUGCUCCAGACUGUCCAGCAGUUCAACCUUGAGAAGACAGCAGAACCUGUACAGCCAAGGACAAUCCUAAAGUUUCCCCAUAUCUAUGGUCCAAAGCCUGUUGUGACUUCAUCAGAAAUUGUUAACUAUGGAGACUACACCUCAAAGACAACAAAAGAGCCAAGCAAGGGAAAAUCUGAAAGUCUGGAUGAAAAACGGGUGAACAUACAAGUCAAUGAAGAGUUAUUUACUAUUCCUCAAAAUGGUGGAAUGAAGGAUGUGUGUGUCACCGAGCGCCUGAGUCCUGAGAAGGCCGCCUGCUGCAACCAAAUGCCAGAACUUCACUAUUCUCUAGGCUACAACCGACAGAAAAAUGCAUUGUGUGUCACUUUGCUUGAAAUUCUAUAUGAAGCCACACUAGGAGACCAGAACACUGGCUGCGAUUGCUACAUCCUAGGCACUUUGGUGAGCAAGUCUGGCACUACAGAAGCUCAGACGAUACUGAAGAAGAAACAGCUCCAUGUGGCCUGGGAGGAUGCUCUGCUGUUUCCAGUCAAAGAAGAGGAGCUGCCAGAGGGGACCCUGACCCUCACCUUGAGAAACUGUGACAAGUUCUCUCGGCAUAUCAUCAUUGGGGAAGUUAAGCCAAGCCUGGCUAGUGUGGGUGAGCCAUAUGGACCAGUACAGUCUGAGAAGAUGAAAGCCUUUGACAAGGAGCCAGAUGCAGGUUAUGGAGAAGUUCUCCUUUCCAUCAGUUACCUGCCAGCAGCAAACCGCCUGCUUGUGGUACUCAUAAAGGCCAAGAAUCUCCAUUCUAAACAGUUGAAAGAGCUUCUUGGGAAAGAUAUAUCUGUUAAAGUAACACUGAAGCACCAGGCCCUGAAACUGAAGAAGAAGCAGACAAAGCGUGCAAAACACAAGAUUAACCCAGUAUGGAAUGAGAUGAUUAUGUUUGAGGUGCCCCAUGAUCUGCUCUGUGCCUCUAGUGUGGAGCUGGAGAUGUUAAGUCAGGAUGGUGAUGGGCAAAACCACUUACUGGGCAAGUGCAGUCUUGGCCUGCAUGCCACUGGAACAGAGAGGAGUCACUGGGAGGAGAUGCUGAGAAACCCCAGAAAGCAGAUUGCUAUGUGGCAUCAACUUCACAUGUAACUAAGGUGGUAGGAAUGCUGAUCGACUGUCGGUCAGUAAACUGGUUUCAGUGCUGAGGAGAGAAAGAGCUGUUUCAACAUCCCCAAAACUUGAAUUAGAUCCAUUCACACGAUCAAGCACAGUUCUUCUACUAUUUCUGUUGCCCCUAAAUAUUUCUUCCUAAAAGAAUACUUUAUACAUUAGCUGAGCAAGGUGUUGAGUGGUUCAUUGAUACAUAAUAAUUCCUAAUUUAGUUGCAUGAUCAUUUUUUCACUUUUUUGGGCCUUAGCACCUGGGAUAGAAUUUGUUUUAAUUUUUUUUUACUAAUUUAUAUAUUAUUUUUGAAAAGCAAGUUGAAAUGAAAGUAGAAAUUAUUCCAGACAUUAAAAAAACAAAAACUAUCUUGUUGCAACAAGAUUCAAUAUGUCCCUUCCAAAUGUGGCCAGGAAAUAAACCUAAAACCAAGAGGAACAUGACAAUGAUCCUGUUCUUGGAACCAGCAUCAUUCGUGAGUGUCUAACUCUAUUUAUUCACUUGCUGUUUGCUGGAAAAAAUAUUUUAUCAUUUUACAACUCCUAGAAUCAUCCAGGCAUUGUGCCCAUUGUGCCAUCUACAUUAUAUACAGUCUACAUAGAAUAACAGAAUAGAUAUCUACCCAAAGGUACUUAACAAUUUAAAGCCAUUGCAAGAACACCCUGAACACUCCCAGUCUUCAAUUUUGGAAACUAAGUAGUGGUGGGCUAACUAGUAUUCAGAUGAAGGAUCUCCAAAUAGAGCUAGGAUUGAAUCUGAAGGCUUGAAGAGGUGCUGCAAGUCAGAGUUAAAAAUAAUGAGACCAAUGGUUUCAGUAUAAGGCAGGUUCCUACAUGCUAUUAUGCCCCCAAGGAAAACAAGUGACCAAAGGGAAGGAAACUGAGACAAAUAACAAGUUAUUAAUAGUUAAACUUAAGGUCAAAUAUUUGACAUGAUAUUUAUUAACUUGCAUGGUUUUUGUUAUAUAUUUAGCAACCCUGAGGUUGCAAUUGCAUACCAAAACCCAAGACCAUGGCAGGUAGGAAUGAGUGGGUUGAACUCUGCUCUGCCCUGUCAAAGAUAGUAUUCACACCACAGAAUUAUAGCAGUUUGCCACCACAUUACCUGUCAUGGCCUAAUGUUACAAAAUUCUGAAAUCUAUAGUUUUAUAACAUAUUAUUUACCCUUCUCUGCCUUGUGAGCUCUCAUGCCACAAGUUAUUUUUAGAGUACAGCUUUCAGACUCCUCUGCCCAUUGUGAUAAUUGACCAGAAGUUGAAGAUCUGGUCUAUCAGAAUUGAUUUCUGAUUUAUUUUCUAGUUUGCAAAAGGCUUAUCCCAAGUCUAAUGCAGUUCCAUGGCAAAACUGCCCCCCCCCCCCCCCCCAGCCAAACUCAGCCUAGUAUGUGUUUUGAGUUAUUGUUUCAAAGUAAAACAAAACAAAAAAAAUUAGGACAGAACUCAGGUCAGAUCAGGUCAUUGCUUUCCAAGGUCCUGAAGGGAUCUAAUCCAUUCUAUAGUUACUGGUAGUUAUGCAUCUCUGGACUAGACAGUCAUCCAGCCGCCCCAGUUUGGCAAGGACAGUACAAUUAAUCCUGUGUUAUCUCACUGUUUUCUCUGAAAAUAAUCCAGUUUCUCCUGUCCUCCUUUGCUUCAUCCUCAGUUAAAUUUAAUUGGUGCAAAGUUAUAUGAAAUACAAAUACAGUUUGCAGUCAGUUAAGUAUGCAGGGAGGGGAAAAGAAGAAGGAGCAGAAUCUUGCCCUUCCCAAGGUGUUCUUGCAAGAGCAACCGGCUGUGGCCUCUCCUCGAAUUUGUGUUCUUCCUCCUGCCAAUUCAUCUGAUGUUGCUGUUUUCAUAUGUGAAAGGUUGAAGGGGAUGAUGUUAUAGCUGCACAAUCUGAAUUCUAAGUUUCUAUAUAAUAAUAUAUGUUGUUGUUCCUCCU